AUGGGUCUAGUUUCGCACUGCCAGCGUCACGGGGUUGCCUACGGUGGAAAUAGAAGCAGUUUGCAAUUCGCCCUAUCCAAGCUCACUCGCCGUACGCGUUGUUUCCUGCCAUGCCUCGUUCGUCUCCUUCGCGGAGAGACUGCCUCCGAUCCGCGUCCGAACAAGGCGCUUCAACCCACGACGUGCAUGCAGCUGCUGAGUACGUUCAAAUAUCGUGACCUCAUGAUCAAGAUUGUGCAAGAAGGCUUCCACGUAGUCUGGCGACACGACUUGCCCAAGCAGCAGAAUCGGCCGCCCAAUCAUAUCUCGGCUGUAGACUGCUCAGCGCAGGUCCUACAACGUAUUCGCGAAUGUGAAUCGGGCGGCGCAUAUCUCGUGGUGGAUGCUGACGUUUUCAGCUUCUGGUCUGUGUCCUUGGGUGCGGUCACCAAGGAGCACGACUCGAUUCGCCUGAUCCAUGAUCUCUCGUGUCCCCGAGGCGAUUGCCCCAACCACAUGACCGUCACCUGUUCACUGCACUGCACUAACUCGUGUACGAGCAUGUCGCUGCACUAG